UUCAGAACCCGAACGUUAAAACCGCUCCCCUCUCGCUCUCUCUCAUUCUCUCUCUCUAUCUCUCUCUCUCUCUCUAAACUCUUUCUCUCAUAUUGUAUGAAGUUUACGUUCCCGGCGAUUUCACAAGAAAUAAAACCGGCAAAGAAAGGUUGGAAACCCUAGCCUUGUAUUUUCUCUCAUUUUUUUCCCGAUGAUUUGGCGUGAAAGUGGAAGGGUAGAGUGAAGGGGAAACAGAGAGAGAGUUUUUCGGUAAUGGCUAUGGGGCCGGAAAGAUCAAAGCCGCCGCUGCAUAAUUUCACGCUGCCUUGUGGGUUGAAGUGGGGGAAUCAAAAGUUCUUGAGGUGCGCUAAGGUGGAUUCCAAUGGGGAAAUCUCCGCCGGCGUUGUUCACCGGAGGUCUUACGGAUCGUCGGAGCCGUCGGCGAGGAGGAGGGUUCAGCCGCCCGCGGCGGCUAUGGCUCAGCCUCAGCGGCGCGGAUCAAACGAGCCGACGUGUGUAGCCAAGAGAGCAAAGGUGGGGGAGACUGGCCGGAAAUUCGGCUCCGAUGUCGAUAACGGGAUCGCCGCGGUGAGAGAGAAGCUCAUGUUUGAUCUCCAGAAGGCGGCGGACAAGAUGAAAGACGCGAUUUUUCGGGAGGGUUUGGAGGACGAGGAAAGGCGGCGGGUUGUGACGGUGGAUGUGGAUGUGGAGGAACCGCCGGCGCCGCCGCCUCCGCUGGCGCCGGCGCCGGAACUGGCUCCGACAACUGCGAUUCCAUCCGCCGGCGCCGGAGACUCCGCUAGGCCGUGGAACUUGAGAACUCGCCGGUCGGCGUGUAAGACGGCGGCGACCGGAAUCCUAGCCGACGGCGGCGGCGGAUCGAGCCGGGGUUUGAAUAUUGACGUCACGAAACCCAAUGUUUCACCAUCGAGGACUACUGACAACAAAUCUCCGCGGCUUCGCAGUGGAAGCGUCGGUGCCGCCACCGCCGGAGCUUCCUCCUCCGGCGAGAAGCGCGACAGAGCAAAAUUCUCCGUUCCGCUCGGCAAGCGAGAGAUCGAAGAGGAUUUCAUGGCGAUUCUCGGUCAAAGACCCCCUCGCCGGCCCAAAAAACGACCUAAAUUGGUUCAGAGAAAUUUAGAUACGCUCUUCCCCGGAUUAUGGCUGUCGGAGAUUACGCCUGACCUAUACAAAGUCCCCGACGAUCACUCCAAAUGAACUAUCCCAUGGGAUGUACAAACAAAAACAUAUAUUAAUAACAGACAAAGUAAAUUCGUGACCAUUUCAUUUUGCUUCUGCGGGAGAUUCCAUCAAGGAAGGGAAGGCUUCGUUGUCUGGUAAAAAGAAAGAAAAACAAAAAGCUUAGUUGCUUUGAAAACGCUUAGAUUUUGUUUAGCCAUGGUCGUCAUAUUUGUUCAUAGUUUUGCGUUGUCUAGCUUUGUUCACCGGAAUAAACUAACAUGGUGCAGAGUCUCUGGGUGAUUGGUUGUUACAAAAAAAUCCGCAAUUGUUCAUAAUUUCCAUCAAAGACUGCAAUUACUUGCUGCAUUAUAUUCAUUUUGCUCAUAUCA